AUGGUAGACAAAGAAAGUCACCUUGCCAUCGAAUUUUUGGAAAGUCAUUUUGGAAAUGGCGCCGAACAAGCAGUCAAUACAGCCGCUGUUGCCAAACCACCGUCCACGUUGGCUUCUCCUGUACACUCAAGCGUAGAAUGUUCCACAACGCGUAGUCGAGUUUACAACAACGCGCACCAUUCACAAAUUCGACGUAGCUCUGAUGACAGGGAAGAUGGUCUGCUUCUCGAGGAUCAGCACCAGGGAGAGUUACAACUAGUCGUUGAUGAAUCAUGGUUCUCCAGCUCCCAAGAGAAUUUGCCAUGUCCUAUGGAGGCUUUCCCCGAUCAAGUCGAAUUCAAGGAGUCGAUACCUGCGUGCUCGAGAGGCUUGAUGCUUCCAUCUACCUGUAGACCACAGUUAGGUCAGUCAAAUGGCACCGACAAUGUAAGCGCCCAAUGCCCCAGUUAUGCUGAAUCGCCGAUUGGACCUUCACAGCAGAAUGCAAGUUUAGGAGUAGGUGAUGUGACUUGUGUAUCCUCAGCUGAUGAAAUUGAACGGGAAAUUGCCGAUGCAAUAGAAAGUGUAUGUCAGUGUACCACCAUUCCUCAGCAAGAGGCUGGCAGGAUUGCAAGAGAUCCCAUCGUUAGUGGUAUUGCCAAAGAUGGAAAAUUGGGUGAUGCGAAUGGAGACGGUUUUCUCGGUACGUAAAAAAUUCUGCCAUUUACUAGAGUAGUUUACCCAGAUUUUUCUCAUUGAAGCAUUCUUAUUCAUUAUUUUCAUCGAGUUAGCCGGUUAGAAUACUGCCGCCAAGUCGUAAAGUUUGUCAGUUUGCACGAGUUUUUGGACAGGACUUAACCCCGCGGCGACCUUAACCACUACUUUCCAAUUACUUUUCAAAUCUGCAGUUGGUAAUUUUGUUCGUUUUGUAACGAUAUCACUUAUCAGCUUUAUUUCUUGUAAUUAUCAUUUUUAGGUGACGCAGACCAUUAUGUACUACUCUGUCUUUUUAAACGACGUAUAAUUGCCAGAGAUAUACUUGAGCAUGCAUUAUACGCUAUCCCUGGGAACAAAUAUCAAGAGGUAAGUUCAUCUUUUCCAGUUUAGGUAGAUUUAGUGACAUUCUUGGCGGAUAUAGUGUGCUUGCGUUCAUUGCACCGUGAUAUUUUUUUUUUGUAUACCAGAUAUACCCCAAAAUAAAAAAGGAUGAAGCUCUUGUUCAUCAUGGAACAGAAUUCCCGAUGGGUGAAGAAGACAAAACCAUGCUUGAAUGUUCACUUCACCGUCGUUUAGAAAUUGCUGAUGUUUUAUAUGUCCAUUGUAAAAUGGUCCUUGGUCAUGUUUUUUCAGUUGAAGAACCCUGUACGGUAUGUAGAGUAAUUAUCUAAAAAGAUUUUAUUUUUGUACAUGUACAAGAAGUUCAAAUGAUGUAGUAAUUGAACACUACUUCAGCCAAGAAGUGUACUUAAAUUGGGCGAUGACAAGUUUGCUGUGUUUGCAUUAAGUCUUUAAAACGUUCUUUGGUUUAUGGAACACGUUUAUUGUUAUGAGUGCUGCUAUUAAAACACUGUCCUAUUUGUUACCAUAAAACAAUGUACCACACAAAGGUUUGAGUUUGAUUAAAUUGAUCAACUAGUAUCUAUAAAUAGCAUCCUUUCUUCUUUUAUGUUGCAGACGAAAGUUACUGUGUCUGAAAUUCUUUCAAAGAGUAAUGAACGUAUCACAGCUGGAUUUUCAGUGAAAAUUAUAAUAAAUUGCCAUGGUAGCACAGACAAGUUAUAUGAGGAUAAAGUUAGAGUAAUCAUACAAUCUGGCAGCACAAGUCUACGUUUAAUUUUUCCUGUUAGUGUAAGUACAUUAUUGAAAUUAAUGGUGUUAACCAUGAUUAUUAGAGCAUUUCAGUAACAGCAGAGCUAUUUAUAGAUAAGAAAUUUUUAUCUUCUUUGCAUUUGUUACUGUAUCAUGCAGUUCUAAUACAUGAAAGUCAUAUAUUCAUUGUUUCAACUCUAUCUUUCCCUGGUAUAUUACAAACCAAUGUAAGGACUAGCUUCCAUUUUCCUUGCUUGUUUAAUUUGUUAGAGUACUGGGCUGGUAUCACAGAGGUCAGGGUUCAAAUCCCGGCAAGCCUGAAAUUUUUCAGGCUUUCGUUUUGCAACUGCGUCUUCAACUGCUAUGAUCUUAUUUACAUUUUUAAUUAUUAAUCUUUAGUCCUUUUCCAGCACUUAUGUCAAGAGUAUCUUUCUGCUCAAGUGUAGAAAAUAUUAGUUGUUGAAACCAACUGCAUCAUAUGUUUUGCUUGCCAAUCAGUCAGUUGCCGUUUUGGUUAUCUGAUAAUCAUUGGUGUUUGUAUAGGUAAUAGCAUGAUUUGUAGUGAUAUUUGGCAUAAAUACCACGAGUGAUAUUUCGAAAUUGUCGUACAUAAUUUCACGAGCCGUUAGGCGAGUGAAAUUUGAGACAAUUUUGAAAUAUCACGAGUGGCAUUUAUACCAAAUAUCACGUACAAAUCAUGCUAUUAUUUGUUUAUACUACUACCCGCAAAAGUUUUGUAAUUUUCACAUGUAGGUAUUUCUAAUUAAGCUCAAAUACCACUGCUCUGAGCCAAUUAAAUUGCAGAAAUUUCUCAUGUAGGAGUAUAAUACAAUGAAAGCCGAUAGUUCAUAUAGGAUAGUGUUGCUUGCUAACCGUUUUUCUUUCCUCCUUUGUAGCAUUAUGAAGCAAGUAUUUUUCCAUGGCUGCGUGAUUCAUCAGGUAUAUAACUGAUGACUUAAUUGUUUUAAAUUAAACAUUCUUUAAUUAAGACCUCAUAAUAAUUAUGUGAGUGGUGACUGCACUCGCCUACAACCAAUGUGGCCUGGAUUCAAGUCCUUACUCCUAGCUUGAGCUUGUUAUGGGUUUCCUUCAAAUUCUCUGUUGUGAGAGGGUUUUCUCGAGGUAAUCUGUUAUCGCCUGUCCUCAAAAACCAGCACGCCCAAAUUCCAAUUUUAUCUAGAAAGUGUUUUCAAGGUGAGUUAUUCUUAAUUGUAUAAUACCUUGUAAGGUGAGUGAAAUGAGGUGAGGAGUUGGCCUGUCCAUUGGAAUCAACGACUUCCCUUACAGUUACCAGGUUGAGUACACCUUGCUGCCCUUUGCUAUUUUGUCUUUCAAAAUAGCUUGGAUAUAGGUAGCAUUCUCGAUAGUGGUUAGAGGUAUCACCAUAUCUUUGGUCUAAAGUUAGUUAAAGCCAUACAGGAAAAGAAUUUUCAGAGAAAGUUUUACUAGCUCUAUAAGGAAGCACACGUUGUUCACCAUUCAAUAGUAUUAAUUUUAUCAGCAUUUGUUUUCUAAGGAGUAUGGCUAUCUUCACAACAGCGAUUUAUUAACAUGCUGACAAAAUGACGUUCUUUUUUAGUCACAUGUAUGCCGGACGAGGACAGACAAGCUUUACGCAGAUGUCAUGUUGCACUUCUGGACAAUAUUGGUGAUGUCAUGUUUCUUUGUGACCAGUUGUACCAACAUGACAUCUUUGACAAUGAUGACCUUGAUGAGGUUGAGGGUUUAAAAAAGAGGAGGGAUCGCAAUGCUUAUGUACUACGUGAAAUUCAGACCAGAGGGAAUGUUCUUGACUUUUUUAUCAAAGUAAUGCAAGCAAAACGGGAAAAUCAAGGGGCAGCUGCCAUUUUACAGAAGAUGAGAUGCCAGGUGUAUAGUGGUGCUGUUAAGUGAAAAGACCUUGUGGCCUCAAGGAGUACACAUAUCAGCAAUGUGUUUUUAUCAGGUUAUGAGUUUGACUUUUGUAAUGAAACAAGGCAUAACAUUUGCCUUUAUGUCUAAAACAGUGAAAUUUGAUAUGCCUUGCACACUUUUUAACUAGUACGCAACGACUUUAUGCACUGUACAUUUGAUUAGUGAUUGACCUUCUCUUGGAAGAGGUAUCACUUAUUUUCUAAAUGCAGUAGACCUCAAUCCCCCUUUACUGACACGACAUACACUGUAGACAAGAGCUGUUUAAGUGGCAAUAGCAGGGUUCAACAUGCCAUUUUCUAGUUACCAAAAGCCUCUGUUUCAAAGCAAGGCUAAUUACAAAGCCCUUGAUUAUGAUGUGAGAAUUAUUUUUUUAUUUUCAUGCAAAUGAACUCACUCAUUUUCAUAAGAAAGGUUGUGCACUUAGCCUCGUUUUGAAAGUGAGGGUUCUUGGAACUGGGAAAUGGUCUACUGCAGUUUUGUUUCUCUCAGCUCAGAUUACAUAGUUAGGAACAGAUGUAUAGAAAUAGGAGAUCAUGAGAGAUAAAGAAGUGCAAAUGUGCUAAGAUUAACUUUCCUGUAAGAAAAGUAAUAACUACUAAGAUUUUAAGCUUUUGUAUAACCAACAGGUGUAUAUACCGUUUUUAUGUUGUGGCUUUUAUACACUCUUUUUUUUUCAUAAGAAUGUUGUUUUUCCGGCCCAGGCUGAAUAUUCUUAUUUUUCUGCUGAUUUUAGGCUGAAAAUAUUCUUGUAUUAUUCUUAAAUAAAGCCUAGUGCCGUUUUUGUUUUCGCUGGGUUUUGUUAUUUAAAAAGGAAAGAAUUUGUCAUAAUACUUUUUCGCGGUUUAGUUUAUGUCUUUUGUGCUGAAUACUAUACAUAUGUAUUACAUGUACCGUUCAUCGUCAUUAGCGUUGAACAUUUUGCUAUAGCUAGUGCAGGUUUUUCCGUUUUGUUGGCUAGUUUAAUUCGCCGUUCAGAGAAAGGACUAAUUUUAUACGGUUAAGUUUAAAACAUAAAAUUCUAUUGUAUUCACAGAUGUUUCAACACACAAAAUUAUAUCUAUCCUUUUCAAAAUCUCAGCCUCGGCUUUAUUCUCAAAAUAUUCUUAAAAUUUCGCAAAUUUCAGCCUCGAUAUUCUUAUAAAAUAUAUUCUUAUAUAAAAAAAAGAGUGUAGUCGUAUUGUUUUGAUAAAGAAGGUAGUAGAACAAAGAGCUAUUUUGAGUUUAUGUCAAAGACAUCCGUACAUUUGCCAACUUAAAUAAUUUAUUUUAAGCUUAAAGCUUCUUUCAUGUUGCUUUAUAUUGUUGUACCCAUUAAGAAAAAAGUUAUUAUUUUGCUAUAUUUACCCCAAAAUGGCACUAAUUUUUCAUCAGUGUGCCAUUUGAUACGUUAAAGACCGAUCAAAGUGCGUAACGAUUUGAUACAAGGCCAACUAAAAUUUGAUGUUGUCACAGAGUGAACAAUGUUGGUUUAUUUCCACAGCAGUCCUCAAAGUGAUGCUUUAGUGGCAGUUGUGAAGAAAACUGAUUUAAUUGUCCAACUCGUUUUGGACUGGCCCUUCUCCUUCCGUAGCAGAAUAUCCAAGACGGACAUUGUACUACGAGGAGACGUGUAAUAUACUUGGCUGAUGCGAAAUGUGCAAGCAACAUUUCAAGCCAGUCAAGAAAAAUAUUUGUAAAUAUAUCUUGCAUACUUAAAUUCUUUGGUUACGAUCAAUGCCACAAACAAUUACACAAGGCUGAAGGACUCGUACCUCGAAUAGUGAGUUAUUGCACUCCUAAUGUACGUCUAAUAAUGCUAAGCGGUCAAGUCGCCCGAAAUGCGAAGUCAUGUCGCUCGAAUUUUAUCAGGUGAAGUGCACAGAGAAACAAAGUUCAUUUUUGUUAAAUAAAGAGUGUGUCUUAAUAUAACUCGUUCUUUAAAACAUCAUGAGACGAAACAAGCGGAAUGAAUGUGUAACAUGCCUCGUUCUUUAAGCGAUGAUGAUCAGACUAAACAAGCGGUAUAAAUGUGUAAUAUAUCUCGCUCUUUAACCCUUGAUUAACAACGAAACAAGCGAGAUAAAUGAUUAAUAUAUCUCGUUGUAUAAUCUUCGAUCAGAAGAAACAAGCACGGCAAAUGGCAAUAGGAAUGCUAGGAUAUUGUUGAGCACUAUAAAAUUUCGAGCCACAUAACUUAGAAUUUCGGGCGACAAAACUUCGGGCGAGUUGACCGUAAAUCCUACUAAUGAAGAAAAAGCAGUUUAAAUCGGCAUAUUCUAAGGCCCCGUCCAUACGUAUCUGUUUUGGUUGAAAACGGAGAUGUUUUUCUCCGGUUGGUAUCCCGUCCACAAUUAUUUGGUGUGGACGAAAACGGAGGUUUUCCAAAUACGAUGAUGUCAUACGUCAUAUACUUCUAGCACAACGCAUGCUCCUUAAGGCAUGCUAUCGUAUUUACAUUAUUUUAGCGUUUUCGUGUGUACGGGCGAAAACGAUUCAAAUACGCUACGUGUGGAUGUUUAUUUUUUGGAAAACGGAGAAAUGUCCCUUUUCAAAAAUACCCGGAUACGUGUGGACGGGACCUAAGUAUAACAUGACACAAAGGAAGUCAUGCUUAACGUGCCAAAGAAAACCUUUUGCUAUGUUAAUAAAUGGUUUAGGCGCUGUCUUCCAAGAAAACUAUCAUGGAAACUUUGCAGAAUCAAUAAUAUGCUGUGAACCGCAUGAUCUUGUCUCUCAUCGUUGGUGAAAAAUCAUGUCAUCGUUGUUUACUUCCUCAAGCGAGUUAUUUAAUAAGGCAUGGACAAGAAGUGUAGUUAUGUGCAAGAAAACGAUAUUGUACAAAGGUUAUGUAAAAUGUAUUUCCUUAUUUAGCAGGAAAUAGUAAGUGGUUAGUCCAUUUAGUACAUGUUCGUCUGAUUUUGAUUUCCUUUGCUAAAGUUGGUCCAGUGUUUACAAAAAAGUUAUUGAAUAAUUCGGCAAUGUCCUUUUCUUGUGUAAAAGUCCUGUUAUUGUGAGUGAUUCUCGUGGGGAAAGUUUGGCCUUUGGUUUUCCUUUUAACAAGAGUACCAAUACGUUUCCAAGUUUGCUUAAGGUUGUCUUUGUACUUUGAAAAUUGUAUGUUAUAGUAUUCUGGCUUACUUUUAUUUUUAAGUUGUAAAAGAAUAGCUGCAUAAUGUUUAUAUUCCCCGAUUUUUUGUAAGUCCUUGCUUAAUAAAUGUGUACGGUACAUUUUCUGUUUCCUUUUUACCGAUUUUAGGAUACCCUUAGUGAGCUAUGGCUUAUUGAGUUGCCUUUGCUUGCUUUGGCUAGCCAGCUUGAUAUAGGCGCAUGUUUGUCUACACUUUUAAUCAGGGUAUUGAUUGCCUCCCGUACCUGUUCAUUUAGAUUCUUUUUUGGGUUGAGGAUUUCUUGCCAAUCAAUCAGUUUUUUAUCAUCUGAGUAUAGAUCUUUAUUAAAUUUAGAGUAGUCUCGAAAUAUUUUUCAUUACUAUUGUUCCGUGUAGGCUGGGUUUUGACAAAGCAGAAAAUUGGAAGAUGAUCU